CUGGCACCUGCUACCUAAACCGAGAUGUCAUAUAACUCGAUUAAGCACGGGACAAGAAAUAAAAUCAAACACAGCCGUAAUGCAACACAGUCCAUUUUAAAACAAAUUUAAAUUAUUUCACAGUUUCAGAUUGUGAGCAAUGGAUUCCUAUUUGAUGAUGUUGUAUGUAUCCCUGGACCAGGAAAGGGCAAUGAGGAAAUUGUUCUCUGACAAUGGUUGGAAGUAUUACAAACCAGAUUUGCUGCAGCUAACUGAUGAGCUAGGCGGUGUUAUUGCCAGUAAUAUGUAUGCAGAAACAAAUAGUGACAAGAUAAGAGGAUUUACCUCCCCUUCAAAGUCUGGCCAAACCAAUAUUACCUCCCCUUCAAGACCUGCUACGAGAUCUCAGAAGUCGAGCAAAAAUACAUCAUUGGUUAAAAAUGCAACAAAUAAGAGAAAAAUAAGAAGUCCUGGGAAAAAGACAGACUCAAGUGGUGUUCAAGAAGUCACUGUUAUAAAAGAAGAGUCUGUAGAAGUUGUUGACGAUGAUGAUUUGAAUGACUACAUGGAGCAUGGUGAUGAAGAUGAUGACUAUAUUGAUGAUGAUGAAAAAGAUGUGAAGAGGAAAGUCCGCAGACUUACAAAAACUUCUGAAACAGAUCACAGUACUGUGGAGAAAGAGGAUGUUACAUCCAAACUUGACGGAACAGAAGAUACAGAUCCUGAAGAUUCAACAAUGGUCUUUGAUGACGGUGAGAUCAGUACAGAUGAUGAGGGUAAUGAAUCAAACACAGACGCUUUGUUUAACUUUGACCCUCUGCCAGGUGAAAGUCAGGAAUCAGCAAUAAAAGUUGUCAAUGCGGCAAAAAUAACAGGGAAAAAAAUAAGAAAAUCCAAGCAGAAUAGAAAUGUAAAUCCUGUCCAGUAUCAAUGUGGUAUGUGCAAAGCUAAAUACCUUGACAAGAAAGAACUUAAUAAACAUUUAACAGACAAGGUUUGCCAGAUAGAUGAAGGAGAAAAAGUUGCUGAAGAAUCUGAAGUUAGGGUUGAACAAGUCAUUGAUAAUAUUAUCCUUGAAGAAACAGAGAAAACUACUCAGUUUCCUGAUGUAGUAAGUAAUGAAAAUCAUUCCGGUGAUACAAAUGGAGACAAAUGCAAAAGUGAGUCUAAAGAAGACUUUGCGGACAAUGAGAACAAAAGCCAAAAGAAUUUUUACAAAUGUGACAAGUGUGAUCUAGCAUACAAGACAACAUACAAUUUAAAAACUCAUCAAGUGAUGAAACAUAGAAUGACAUUUGAUGAAUCCUUUGAAUGCGAUGUAUGUCAUCUUUCUUAUGGAAGUGAACACAUUCUGAAUCUGCAUAAGAAAGAUAAGCAUACAUCAUGUGGAGAUCUCGCUGAUAGAGUUCAGUGUGAAGAAUGCAACAUGUGGUGUAAUGAUUUUAAGUCUUACGAAACACACAAAAAGAGAGAACACAAUAUAAUAGUAUGUAUGGAGGUGAAUCGCAACCAUAUUUGCGCUACCUGCGGGAAAGGCUUUACACGCCGUGACUCAUUGAAAAGCCAUUGUGAUAUCAUACAUUUACGGACAAAACAGCGGAAACGAAAGCCUAAGCCAACUGAAAGAAAAUACGUUUGUGAUUUCUGCGGAAAAUCUUUUCUGAGACGGAACAAUUUGAGUGAACAUAUUGGGGUGAAGCAUAAAAAUACUGCGAAAAAGUAUAAGUGUGAAGACUGUGGGGAGACUUUCCUUAGACCAUAUUCAUUAGAAUACCACACAAAUAAAGUACAUCUGCACAAAAAGCCAUAUGAAUGUGAUAAAUGCCACAAAACUUACUUCUCGCCGAUAAAUUUGCGUCAGCAUCGAGAAAAUUGUUACAAAGAAGAAGAAGAAAAAGAAUUAUGCCCGUACUGUGACAAACGAUUCGUCCAUAAGAGAAAUCUAAGUAUGCAUAUAGAAGCUAUACACUCUCAAUCACCUUUGACCUGUGAGUGUGGCUAUGUUAUAAAAUGGAGGUCGUCAAUUGCUAAACAUAGACGUAAGUGCAGCCUGUAUAAAUCAGCAGAAGAGAAUGAACAAAAUGUGAAAACUGUUCCAAAAACUGGUGAAAAAGACAUUGUAAAGGAAGAAAAUACUGCAAAAAUAGGGACAGAUGUAACGCAACCAGGUGAUUCUGCAGAAGAAUUUUUAAAUGCAGGAAGUAGUGCUGAAACAGGCUUUACGACCAUUUCCACUGAUGCAGGAAUGCAGGUGAUAAGUAAUGAGAUAGCACAGGCUCUACGGGAUCAAGGUUUGCUAGUAGACGGAACUGUUGCAGGUACAUUAAAAAUGGAGGAUGGAAGGACGGUUGUAGAGGAAGACCCGUCAGUUCAAAGUGUUUACUAUGUUAUCAUGAAAGAAUAAAGUUUAUGAGUGAGAAUGCCCAAAAUAGUCCAUUGGAACAAGUAUCUGUAGGAUCAAAGGUAAUAAAAGCUGGAUACCGGAGCAUGUUUGCUACUGCGGACACAUCAAGCGAGUCAAGUAAUACUGCAACAUCAAAAUG